UACUACUACUGUUCUAUGGUUCAAGUCAAAAGAGAGAAACGACUUUCAGUAAUUAGUUCUUCAAUUCUCCCUUGACAGAGGGCACAAAGUUGAAAAGGUUCUAUCAUCGGAAGCCAAAGCCAACCCGUUCGUUGCCUAGUGCGAGACUGCUUCUUGCUGUGUGAUGGAUCAUCCGCCAUGGUUGCCAUUUGACUGGAUUGCUGAAACUAAAGUAGUAAAGAAGGGACCAAGUAGCGGAUCCACUUAUAAGUGCUAUACAGAGUUGGCAACAGGGAAAAGGUUUUAUUCAAAACCAAAGGUACUCUCCUAUCUCGAUCUUGCCGGGCAGAACAAUGGUGACAACUCUAACGAGCAGGCAUCACCUGGAACCAAACAGCUGCAACUCGAGCUUCCUCCUGCAUUAACAGAAGGUGCGGAAUUCGAAUUCCUCCACCAAUCUUAUUCAUCAAAAUGAUCGAUUGUCAAACAAUGUGUGUGUGUGUGCAUACAUUCAUGUUCUGUGUGUUGCAGUUGAAUGGAACUCCAUUGCAGAAGUCUAUAACUCAGCAGUUUCAGGAAAUGGGAAAUUUCUCCCGAGUUCUAGAGAUGAAGGAUCAUCCACCCAGCAAAACACUACCACAGCCAUGGAAGAAGACCAGGUUGAAGUGGAGCAGAAUGACCAAUUCAUAAUAAUCAGCACUUCUGAAACUGAAGACCUGCUGGAAGAGAUGCUAACAAUAAGCAACAAUCGAAGUGAUCAUGACAAUAAGAACAACGAGAUCAAACCAGAACGAGGAGCUGGUGCUGAGGAAGAAGGAGAAGUAGAAGAGACUGAAAAACCAGUAUCCAACUCAAUCAAGUCUUCUUCUUCUUCAUUACGUCGGGCAUCCAAAAGACUCGCUGGGCUUGAACCCGAGCUCGAUACCCUUCUGAUAGACCCCACUCCUCCUAGGAAAACAGGGAAGCGGUCAGCCAGACAGAGGUCCAAGCUAUAUACAAAAAGCUUGGAGGUUCCUGAAAUGGACAUCGACAAGGUGGAAGAAAAGCAAGCUGUGGAGAAUGCGGAACAACAACGUAAUGAGCAGAAUGGUGGAGUGCCACCAACACAAGCAGCAGCAGCACCUCCACUAAGGUUUCAUAAGGAGAUGCUGUCAAAGAAUUGCAUUCAGUUUGCACUGAAAGUUCUGAGAUGUGAGUAUGAAGUUACAAAUGAACCCGAGGGGUGUACAGCCAAGCAAUUCUACGAGGAAGCAAUGUCGGAUCCCUUCUUUGAAUAUGCAUGUGAGAAUGUCCCUGAUCCUUCUGAGAUCCUACCUCCCUUGGGGUAUUACAGCAUGGAGAAAGAGUUGGAUGAGUUUGACAGAGAUGUGGAAAGGUGCAAGUCGCUUCCCAAUUUCGGCUUCCCCAUGUCCUUUGAUUCUGAUGUUACUGUCCAUUUUGAGACUCCUCCUGUGAAAGGUGAUAAUGAGUUUGGGAAUGGCAAGCAGGAGCUGGGUUGGAGUGGAGAUCAGCCAAAGAAGGGCAAGUAAUAGAUUUACAGAUGCCAAAGACUUCUUCCUUCCCUGCUUGGUGUUUUCUUAGUUUAAUUUGGCCAUUGAAGGAUAUGUUAGGCAACUAACUUUAA